AACAUCGAUUACCAUAUCACCCAAUACCUCUUACUGGACAAAAUGUUUCUAAUAAUACUGGACAAAAUGCAACAGACAAUUUUACAGAAAAUGCACAGCAACAGACUAUUAACAACUUUCAAUCAUUUAAAGCGAAUAAUGCAACAAGUAUAUCACCACAACAAUCUGGCAUUAAUGGAAACAGUUUUCAUCAUAUAACUCAAGAAUUAAACAGAAAUUUAAUGAAGAAUAACAUACAACAUAAAGAAGUUUCGGAAAAUAUUACAUCAUCACCCAUUUAUCCACAUAGUAUUCCUUUGGAGAAUGAGAUGCAGUUGCUACACAAUUUACAACCAUGUUGUCAACCUGUAUCAAAUGUUGAAAAUGCAAAUUCAUUAGUGCAAGAAUCAUAUCACAUACAAGAAUUGGGAAAUACCGUAUCAAUUGAACCACUUCAAAAAGUUAUACCAUCACAUCAAAUACAAUUGGAAAAUAAUGCACCAAUAGCAAGAGAAAAAAAUGAAAUAUCGCAAGUAAUUGAAAUACUUCGCGACUUACAGCAUAAAAUGCAAAGAACAAAUGAACGAUUGAAUACAAUAGAGCGAAAAAUCGAUUGCAACGUUAUUAAUACAAUUCCUACAAAGCCGCGAAUUCUUCCAUUUUCGACAAUAGAAGCAAUACAAAUGUUUACAAAGGAUAACGCCGUUUAUGAAGAAGUUGUACAGUACUUUAAAUUUUUAAACUGCAUAACAUUAAAAGAUAGCGUGCAUCAAUGUAUAAAAGAAGCUUUAACGAUGCAAGUAGCCGGACAAAUGACAUGGUGGGGAAUUAAUGAUAUUAAAUUCCCAUUCGAUAAUACAAUUUUAUGUCAAGCGAUUUACCAAGCCGUAGCGUCAAAUAGGUAUUAUCCUAAACCAACCAGAGAAGAAUUCCAAAAAAAUAUCGUCGCAUCCUUGAAAAUUGCCAAACAACGAUUCCGGAAUGCCAGAGGUAGACAUCCAGGUAUACAAGGAAAUCGGAGAAAUUUGCAGGCAACUGCAGAUGCAUUAUAUAAUGAUGAUAACGACGGGGAUAAUAGAAAUUCAGAAAAUGAUGAUAACGACAGGGAUAAUAGAAAUUCAGAAAAUGAACAUAACGUUACAGACGUAGAAAAUGAUAGCGAUGAAAAUGAGCACUCAUCAAAUGAUUCAUAAAGUUAUCUUUAUCUUAAAGUUAUCUUUUCGGUUUUUUUUAUGUUGUUAACGUGCAUUCUUAUUUUCGGUUUCUUUUAUGUUGUUAACGUGCAUUCUUAUUUUCAUAAAUAUAUUUUAUAUAAAAAAUGCGUAGAUACAAAUAUUCAUUUAUAUAGUGUUGGAUUGGCCAAUAAGUGUGUUGUUUUUUUUGUAAAGUGUUUGGAAAGUCUAAUUUAAUUUUGUAAGGACACUUAUUAUUUAAUUGGGUAGCAA